UCACCUGGGGCUCGGACCCCGACGGCAUUUAAAGGGCGGCCGGUGGGGCCUGGCGGGCCGCACCCGGGAGCUGCUAGCGGCCGCGCUGAAUGGGGCGCCCAUGAGCUUCGGCGCGGAGCCGCCCGGCCACACCCGGGAGCGGCUGGACAUGGCCACAUACUGCGACGGCUCAGGUGUGUGCCCGGCCCCGCACAGCCAGGCCCGGGCAGCCGCCAGCCCAGCGAGCUACGGGCGCGGUGACCUGGGUGCGGCGGGCGGCGGCCCGCGCCUGUGGCUGAACGCCCCGGCUCUGAACCCCGCGCCUUACGCGCCGGGACCUGGGCCGGCGUCUCCCUACGCGGCCCCCGGCUACGCGGCCCCCGGCCAGCUCCUCGGCGCAGCGGGCGGCCUGGCUGGCGCCGACUUCGCCUGGCUGAGCCUGUCCGGCCAGCAGGAGCUUCUGAGGCUGGUGCGGCCGCCCUACUCGUAUUCGGCGCUCAUCGCCAUGGCCAUUCAGAGCGCGCCGCUGCGGAAACUGACGCUCAGCCAGAUCUACCAAUACGUGGCCAGCAACUUCCCCUUUUACAAGCGCAGCAAGGCGGGCUGGCAGAACUCCAUCCGCCACAACCUGUCGCUCAACGACUGCUUCAAGAAGGUGCCCCGCGACGAGGACGACCCAGGCAAGGGCAAUUACUGGACCCUGGACCCAAACUGCGAGAAAAUGUUCGAUAACGGGAACUUUCGACGGAAGAGGAAGAGGAGAGGAGAGGCAAGCGCAGCCGCACCCUCGGGAGCCCGGAGCCCAGAAGGAGCCAAGGCGCUGGAGCGGGAUCCCCUGGGCGCAGCGUCCCCGAACCUGCAGGCCUCGCCAUCCCCGCCUGCACCCCAGGCUGCCGCCUGCUUCUCCAGUUUCGCCUCGGCCAUGGGCGCCCUGGCUGGUGGCCUUGGUGCCUUCCCAGGGGGACUGGCGGGUGACUUUUCUUUCGGGAGACCGACAACGGUCGCCGCACACGGUGCCCAGUCCCCUGGCCCCGCGCCUAGCUUCUCCAGUGGCCAUCAGACGGCGGCCACCAGCUUCCGUGUCGGUCACUUCGUCUACAGUCGGGAAGGGACCGAAGUUUGAAGGGCGUCCAGGGAUGGUCCCGAGUGCCCUAUCCAGAGGCGCUUAGCCAAAGCCCGGGAUUCCCGCCUGGUGACAGCCCCGCGUAUUGGCGCCGCAGAGGUCAGGGCUGCGGAGGGAGCACAGAACCAGGGUGGCAGGGCCCGCAGGGAACUGAGCUGAGCGGCGCCUCAGCCUUCUGGGUGGCUCAAUUGUGUGCCCCUCAUCCAGGCGCCCAUUCAGAUGGGGCAACGGGGCGCUCUGUGUUCUACCUGGGGCCUAUCUGUACCUGAUACUCUCCCCUAUCCCAGCCUGGCCCACCCGGCGGCUCAGGGCCUUCCCUUGACUCAAUUCCAGAGAGGAUCACGGGAUUCCGGAGCCGCUCCAGUCGGGCUCUUGGCUUCUCACCACCCUCACCAGGUGUGCGCAGCGAGGGGAAUCUGGGACAGGUGUAAGAGGUACUUUCUAAUGGCUGGAGCUGCCCAUGAUGAAAGGGAGGAGGGCUGCCUGCCCAAGCAGGGAUUGGCCCCUGGGGAUACUAGCUCCCUGCCUUGUUUCUCAGCGCAGGGUCUCAUUGACUCUGUCCUAAGACCAGGCACCUCUGGGGACCACAGGAGCACCCAAGAAUCCCAGAUAGGCUCAGUUUGCCUCCCCCACCUUACCUGCACUCACGCAAGCUCAUGUGAGGCAAGCCCCAGGCCACCCUUGUUUUCCUCUCUCUCUCUCUCUCUCUCUCUCUCUCUCUCUCUCUCUCUCUCUCUCUCUCUCUCUCUCUCUCUCUCCUUGUCCCUUACCCCCAGUCAGGGCCCUGAGCUGCCCCCUGUGUGGAGAGCUGAGCAGCUGCCUCCUGUGUGAAUUUAAGCACCCCCCACCCCCAAUUUGUAUUUACCUGGAAGGUUAUCUUUGGAGCCCACAGCCACUGGAGGGGACAUUUUGGCCUCCUUACCUCCAGAGUUUCUAGCAGCAGGAGGGCCCUGGGAUCAUUCUGCGCCUCCUGGAGCUACCAGUGCUUGGCAGGCACACCCACCUUCCUGCCUUUGGGGCUGGUGCUAGAGGGAGCAGGGAAAGGACACAGCGAAUUUGGAGGAGGGCAGUGGAUUUAAGGAGCCCAGCCCUGGCCUCCACCCAAUGCAACUUCUGUGAUUAGCUCCAAAUCUGACUGCAGCCGCCCUGGUGCUGGAAUCACCGUGGCGCUGGUGGGUUGCUUAGAGCUGACCCAUCAGAAGUCCUGAUGAACGACAGUGCGCUUGUGUGCAUGUGCCUGCCUGUGUGGAGGUUGAGGCAUGGAUAGAACAAGCCAAGAUUGGGGGAAGUUUGGACCCUGGAUCAUGUUUCACUGAGUCUCUGGUGGCAGCCGGAAAGUUGCUGACUCCCCCCAUCUCAUCUCUGCUACCCGCGGUUCUGUUUGUGAUAAUCAUGUUGCCCAGCCAAACUUACAGCCAACCCCAAAUCUCUUUGGGGGACACUCCCCAAAUGUAACAUAAUUAAAGAAGGCCAGGAAAGGAAAAGAAAAUCCUUACCUUAUAAAGAAUUUUAUCUUGAGCCUAUUUUAAUAAACUUAAAUGCUAAAAAUAAACACCAGUAUAAGUGCCUCGAAUAUACAUGCUGUUUCAUACAUUAGAAGAAUUCUGCCGCUAUUUCCAACAUUCCCGGUUUAGACUCUGUGUUUGCAGGAAACUUAGAGAGAAGGAAAUUUUUUUUUUUAUUUAGUUUGACAACAUUGGGCAAAUACAACAUACAAUUUGACAAUCCAUGGGCUUUUAAGAAAAUUGUCUGGAAAACAUGUAUAUAAACGUUUCGUAUCAUUGCUGCAUGACUGCUAGAACAUAGUGAGAUUGGGGCUUUUAAAAAUUUUUUCUAACAGUGGUUUUCUCUUAAAAUUGAGGAAAACAAACUUUUCAAAAAUAUUUUUUAACUUUUGGUUUGACUAAACAUCAGUUUUUGUGGUUUAAAAAUUGUUCCUGCAUUCAAGCUUUAUAUCAUUAAGAGGUAAUGGUACAAUCAAA